UUCUUCCUUGUGUCCUCUUUUCUCUUCUUUCUUCCUCUGUUUUGAAAAUCUCUUCUUCUUCAGAGAGACACAGAGAGAGAGAGAGAGAGGGGGCGAGAAUGUGUGGGAUUUUCGCGUAUUUGAAUUACAAUAUCGAGAGGGAGAGAAGAUACACUCUCGAAGUUCUCUUCAAUGGCCUGAGGCGCUUGGAAUACAGAGGCUACGAUUCCGCUGGCAUCUCCAUCGAUUCCGACCGAUCUCGGCCGUCGAUCGGGGUUGACGGCCCAUGUGAUGGGAGAUCUCAAUGCGGAUCGUCCGAGCCGCUCGUCUUUCGGCAGGAGGGGAAGAUCGAGUCGCUUGUUAAAUCAGUCUACGAAGCGGCAGACUUGAUGGAUUUGAAUUUAGGUGAGUCAUUUUCUGUUCAUGCUGGAAUUGCACACACUCGUUGGGCGACCCAUGGCGUGCCUUCUCCAAGGAAUAGCCACCCACAAUCCUCUGGCCCAGGGAACGAAUUCUUGGUUGUUCACAAUGGAAUCAUUACCAAUUACGAGGUUCUAAAAGAGACGUUGAUCCGACAUGGUUUCACCUUUGAAUCAGAUACAGAUACAGAAGUGAUUCCAAAGCUUGCAAAAUUUGUUUUUGACAAGGCAAAUGAUGGAGAAGGUGACCAGACUGUCACCUUUAGUGAGGUUGUUAUUGAAGUUAUGAGGCAUAUUGAGGGAGCAUAUGCACUGAUAUUCAAAAGUCCACAUUAUCCAAACGAGCUGAUUGCGUGCAAACGUGGUAGUCCAUUGCUUCUGGGUGUCAAAGAAUUAGCUGAAGAUGUCAACAGUGGAACAGCGUUUCAUGAUGUGAAAUUCCUCACAAUGAAUGGAAAACCCAAAGAACUGUUUUUUUCCAGUGAUGCCAAUGCCCUGAUAGAACACACGAAGAAAGUGUUGGUGAUCGAGGAUGAUGAAGUGGUUCAUCUUAAGGAUGGAGGCGUAUCGAUUCUCAAGUUUGAUUCUGACAAGGCAAAAAUUAAUGGAGGUCUUCCUAGACCUGCAUCGGUGCAACGGGCAUUAUCUGUUCUUGAGAUGGAGGUUGAGCAGAUAAAGAAAGGAAAUUACGAGCACUUCAUGCAGAAAGAAAUUCACGAACAGCCAGAGUCGCUGAAAACAACAAUGAGGGGGAGGCUUACGUGCAGAGGUUCUAGCAAAGCUAAGAGACUUCUUUUGGGUGGGCUGAAGGAUCACCUAAAAACAAUUAGGCGAAGCAGGAGGAUUGUUUUCAUUGGUUGCGGUACAAGCUAUAAUGCAGCUCUAGCCGCAAGACCCUUUAUGGAAGAGCUUUCUGGUGUGCCUGUUACUAUGGAACUUGCAAGUGAUCUGUUGGAUAGGCAGGGUCCUAUAUACAGAGAAGAUACAGCAGUAUUCGUCAGUCAAUCUGGUGAAACAGCAGACACUCUGCUUGCAUUACAAUAUGCCAAGGAAAAUGGCGCACUAUGCGUUGGCAUAACAAAUACUGUGGGUAGUGCAAUUGCCAGGAAUACACACUGUGGUGUUCACAUAAAUGCGGGGGCUGAGAUAGGUGUGGCUAGUACCAAGGCAUACACGAGUCAGAUAGUGGUGAUGGCCAUGAUGGCUUUAGCUAUUGGAGAUGACACGAUAUCCAGUCAAGCAAGAAGGGAGGCUGUCAUAGAUGGGCUGUUUGAUUUGCCAAACAAAAUUAGAGAGGUGCUGAAACUCAAUGAUGAAAUGAAGGAUCUGGCGAAACUAUUGAUGGAUGAGCAGUCACUUCUCAUGUUCGGCAGAGGCUACAACUAUGCAACAGCUCUAGAGGGUGCUUUGAAAGUGAAAGAAGUGGCACUUAUGCACAGCGAAGGAAUACUUGCGGGCGAAAUGAAGCAUGGGCCUUUGGCAUUAGUUGACGAAACUCUCCCUAUCAUCGUCAUUGCUACACAUGAUGCUUGCUUCAGCAAGCAACAGUCCGUAAUCCAGCAGCUUCAUGCUCGGAAAGGUCGCUUAAUAGUGAUGUGCUCAAAGGGAGAGGCACCUCUGGUGUGCCCUAGUGGAUCUUGCCGAGUGAUCGAAGUCCCUCAGGUUGAGGAUUGCCUUCAGCCUGUUGUUAAUAUAAUCCCAUUGCAGUUGCUGGCUUAUCAUCUCACUGUUCUGCGGGGAUACAAUGUCGACCAGCCUCGGAAUCUUGCCAAGAGCGUGACCACUCAAUGAAGACACGGCCGUUGAUCAAACCGGUGUAUUAUUAUUCUAACCACGAAUCCUAUUAUUUGUAGCAUUUCCCUGUUUCUUUGGUAGGGAUUUAUAUAGGGUACUCAGCCUUGAGUUGCAUGAUUCUGUAUAAGCAGGCCCAUUUUAUGUGGUCCAGACUGCUGAUUUAUGCGCCCCAUCGUCUCCAAGGUAUUUAGGCGGGCCGUUGAAACGAACUCCCAGUUUAGAAGGUCCUAGCCACGAUCAAUGGUGGGAGUGAGAUACACUGAGUGGAAAAUAGGCAAAGGAUCAAGGAUUAGCUAGUUACUUGCAUCAAGAUUGUGGGGGCUGCGAUGGGGCCCAUUAGAUAAAAGGUCUAGAUUGCCCCCUGCACGCUUUUUGCUGAGUACCCUCCAGUUGCAAUUCUUUUGUUUGCGUCUAACCAACGGCAUUGUCGAGUUUGUUUUUAUUCUAGAGUGUGUACAAAGGCAUCCUUGUUCUUGUGUGGAACUGACAAUCAAGACCUCUGGUGGUUCCGUGUAUUUUAUUUUAUUUUUUAAGGGGUUUGCUAUUC